CUGAGCAUGCUCAGUACAGACCGCCUGUAGUAUGAAUAUAAAAUCAAACCGUGCUUCAAGUGCAUUCACAUUCUGUUAAUAAAUGAGAUACAAACACUGUAGAAUUGAUAAGAAAUGAACAAUGAGCAGUUUCUGGAUUUUACUUUUCAUCUUCAGCACCAUGUACAUGGUCCAUCCUGGUAGACACUGGGUUACUGCACAAUCUGUUACAAAGCCACCAGUUUAUCAGCCUGAUAAAGAGCUCAGUGUGAAUAUCGGAGACUCGGCGACUCUACAGUGUUGUUAUGAUUCUCAGAAUGUAGUUGGAAUAAUAGACUUGUUUAAACAACCAAACAAUAAAAAACCUCAGAUUGUAGUCACAGUGUAUAAGACUGCUGGAGAAGCUUUUCACACUGGAUUCAAAAAGUCUCGUUUUCAAUUAGAAAGAUCUUCAAACUGCUCCAAUAUUAUAAUUUUAAACACCAUUCAGUCUGAUGAAGCCAUGUACUACUGUGCAGUGAAGACAUCCAACAUUGUGUUUGGAGAUGGAACUUAUUUACAAAUUAAAGGUGAUCAUGUUACUAUUGCAUCAGAAACAUCUAAAGCAGCUCUGUGUGAUAAUUCAGUGGUGCGUGAACCAACACCGCAUGGAAACAACACUAACACCAACAUACAACACAACACAGAUACAGUCGAGUCUUAUAAACGUUGUGUUACUACAAAAUCCCCCCCAAAUCCAGAUGUUUAUCAGGCUGAAGAAAAGCUCAGUGUGAAUAUCGGAGCCUCGGCUACUCUACAGUGUUGUGUUUUAGGAAUAGAAAACGGAGAAGUUAUCUGGUUUAAGCAACAAAAUGAAAAACAGCCUCAGGUUAUAGUCAGAUUCUUUAACACAGCUGGAGAAAUGUUUUACAAAGAAUUCCAAAAUUCUCGUUUUCAAAUUAAAAGGUUUGGACACUGCUUCAAUUUGACCAUUUUAAACACCACCCUGUGUGAUGAAGCCACAUAUUACUGUGCACUCGUGUCUACUGAUGGAACUCGUUUACAAAUGAAAGGUAGGAUUUCUACUGAAACGAAUGAUGGGACUGAUUAAAUGUUGUAAC